UGCGCCGCGCUUGGCUGCCGCGGCUUCCCGUCGCCGUGUCGCGCAGUAGUCCGUCGGAGCGACGGCACGGUCAGUCGGCAGCCGGACAGGGAAGAUGGACGCAGCCACUUUGACAUAUGAUACUCUCCGGUUUGCUGAAUUUGAAGAUUUCCCCGAGACCUCAGAGCCUGUUUGGAUUCUGGGCAGAAAAUACAGCAUUUUCACAGAGAAGGACGAAAUCUUGUCUGAUGUUGCAUCCAGACUUUGGUUUACAUACAGGAGAAACUUUCCAGCUAUUGGGGGAACUGGCCCUACUUCAGACACAGGCUGGGGUUGCAUGCUUCGGUGUGGACAGAUGAUCUUUGCCCAGGCCCUGGUAUGCCGGCACUUAGGUCGAGAUUGGAGAUGGACUCAGCGGAAGAGACAGCCUGACAGCUACUUUAAUGUCCUCAAUGCUUUCCUCGACAGGAAGGACAGCUACUAUUCCAUCCAUCAGAUAGCGCAAAUGGGAGUUGGCGAAGGCAAGUCUAUAGGCCAGUGGUACGGGCCGAACACUGUUGCCCAGGUCCUCAAGAAACUUGCUGUAUUCGACACAUGGAGUUCCUUGGCUGUUCACAUAGCAAUGGACAACACUGUGGUGAUGGAGGAAAUCAUUUUCCCAGCUAGGACUGUAAGCCUGUGGUUGGACUGUACUGGAAGCUCUCUGGGACGUCUUCUCAUUUUUCUUGUGUCAUUCAGAGUCAGUGUCCUCAGUGGCCUUCCCUCUUGUCUCCUGCAGCACUGUUUCAUGAUGCCCCAGUCUCUGGGUGUUAUUGGAGGGAAGCCCAACAGUGCCCACUACUUUAUUGGCUACGUUGGUGAGGAGCUCAUCUAUCUGGACCCCCAUACUACACAGCCUGCAGUGGAGCUGACUGACAGCUGCUUUAUCCCCGAUGAGAGCUUCCACUGCCAACACCCUCCCUGUAGGAUGGGCAUUGGAGAGCUUGACCCAUCCAUUGCUGUGGGGUUUUUCUGUAAGACGGAGGAAGACUUUAACGACUGGUGUCAGCAAGUCAAAAAGCUAUCCCAGCUUGGAGGUGCCCUGCCCAUGUUUGAGCUGGUGGAACAGCAGCCUUCCCAUCUGGCCUGCCAGGAUGUCCUGAACCUGUCCCUAGACUCUUCUGAUGUAGAGAGACUGGAGAGGUUCUUUGACUCUGAGGAUGAAGACUUUGAAAUCUUAUCCCUCUGAAAAUCCUGGGGUUGGGGGAUGGCCUCCAUGGCCCUCAUUGGGGUGCUUUGAGAACCCAGACCUGCCUUGGGCACUCAGUGUCACCGCAUUCCAUCCACCCAGCCCAUCCCUGCCAAGUGCUGUUCACCUGUGCCACCUCUGUCCCGAGGGCCUGCUCUGCUCAUGGACCAAGGACUGUGGUGCCUGGAGGCCUUAUUGCUUGGAGUCAGACUGCCUAAACCCAAACACAAAGGGAGGCCCUGUCCACAUGAAGUCGCUCAUCAGAAGGCCUAGUCAGGAAGAGCAGUGGGUCAGGAGCUUCCAGAAUUCUCCACUGGAUUCUGACACUGCCAGCCCUGGUCAGCACAUCAGCUUUGGUUCUGCUUUCUCCUGGGCACCUGUGGUUUAUUUGGAAUUAAAACCCUGUUUGAAGUUGUUUAACAAAGACAUGGAUUUCUGGGGCACUUCCCAGGUCAGUCUUAGAAGAUCUGCAGGUUAUGUACAGAGUGACAGCCACAUCAUGGCCUCAUACUGCUGGGCGGGGUGAGCUUUGGGCUGUCUCCUCUGCCCAGUGUGAUUUAUCAAGGGCUACCUCAGUGGGAAAGCAUAUGGAGAGAAUCCCAAGGCUGCUACUUGCUUUGGAGAGAAAGUAUUCUUGUGGGGCAUUUGGAAAAUCCAAAGAUAUCAGUGUGCAUGGGCACAGGAUGGACCCCUGAGCCCUGGAGCAACUGACAAGCAAGCUCCUAGGGCUUCUGGAGUUGUGGUCCUGGGAUUCCCCAUUAGGACCUCACUAGGGUUUCCUCUGUGGGGUUGAUGCGUUUCAUGACACACCGCCUGCUGCUUUUAGCGUGCCACCCAGCUUCCCUCUGGGAGGAAAGGGAAGGGAGCAGAGCUGCUCUAUGCUUGAGACACCGUGCCCACUGGUGGUAGGGUACACUGCUACUUGAGCCUUCCUCCAUGUUCUUUCCCUUCUCAGAAACCCAUCUGGGUCACAGGAAAUUGUAGAUGGUUUGGGGCCAAAAAGGUUAAAGUACUACAGCUUUUUGGUGCAUAACAGACAUUUAGACAGCAGGUAGCUCCAGGCACUUACAAGUGAAGAGUUCAGACCUCCUUGGCACUCAUUUCCAUACCUGCCACCUAAUCCUGGCUUUCUGGGCCUUCAAGCUUUUGAUGCUCUAGGUCUGCUGUCUUAGAAAAACACCUUUCCUCCCCCUAGAUAUGAGCAGAGUAUGGCAGUGUGGGGAGGCCCAUUCAAGAGCCUUUGCUAAAAGCCCUUCCCAAGAACCCGCAGAUGGGUGAGGCCAGAGCUACUCCAGAUGCAGCAGCUCUAAGUAGCCCACAAGGUAGCAAGAGAUCCCUGCCUAUCAAGUGUUGAAGACAUAUUUAUUUCAUCUUACUCUUUCUCUCCCAUAUCUUGUCCCUUGACUUCAGAUGGGGUGGGACGGGGGGUGGGAGGCCAGGAGCUAUUGUGCUGCUGUCACCCAGGGUCUCUCUGUAACUCCUGUUGUUGGUAGUAAGGGGUGGAUGUAUGGAACACUACAACCUGAGGGAACUCUCAGGGCUGGAGAAAGGCUUCCUGAGGUUGUUCAUUCUUAGUGUAGUUUGCAAUUCUUAAUGGUAAAUAAUAAGUUUCAGUAGAAAACAAA